UGUAGUAGAUAUAAAAUGUGUUUUACCUUUGAAUUGCAUUUUCUUGACGUAUACGUGUUAAUUUUGACGAUAUGGAUGUUAUAUUGCAGAUUAAUUCGGAGAAACAAAUGUUAGACAGAAUGUUAUUUUCUAUGUUAAAUGUUAUUCACAAUAUUGUGCAACAUAUGUGAUCGUUAAAACGAAAGUGAAUAAAUAAUAGAUUCUAGUUUUUACGAAUUGGAUUGACGUGGAUGUUUGAGGAAGAUCGCUGCUGAUCGCUGUUGUCGAAACCGAAUUUAUCAGUGUGAAUUACAACAGCUGAUAACAAUGAUCUUGUCACUAAGGUUACUUCUGGGAUUAUUCUUUAUGAUUCUUUAAGCAGAUUAUAAACUGGCACCGUACGAUUGUAAAAAUGCAGAUUUCACUUAGAAUAUGCCUGAUUUUACGGUAAAUCGAUCUGUCUAGAAAGGAAUUCUAUGAAAACUUCGAUCGAGGAAUUAGCACAGAGUGAACGCUAUGAUCGAAAGUAUAACGAACGAUCUCCGUUGAUCUCCACUAGGUUCAUGAGUUCGUGACCAAGUUUAGGUUUUUAAACGUGUGAAUUCGGAGAUGUAAUUGAAUGGAAUGGGGUACGGUGUAGUGGUUGUGUAUCGGAACGGAUUUGUUAUGAAUAGAACACACGAUACUGUUUAAUUGUUAAUUAUUGCACGAAGAUCGAGCUGUUCGGAAGACAUUUUUUCGUAGAACUUGUCCGUUUGACAGCAAAGUGUUCGUUGUUUAUUGAGGUUGAUGAGAUCUAUUGUGCAACAUGGCGAUUACAUUUGAAUGAUAAGUCCACGUCGUUUUGUUAUUAUUCCAUUCGAAUAUGAAAGAUUGUCUAUAUUUCUUCGUAAUAGAAUGUGAAUUAUAUUUAUAUACCGAUCGUGAUACAUGUCGUUGCUUGUAAAAUUCGCAUUAACCAAGUAAUCUCGACUAAAAAGGUUAAUGAUACCAUUAUAGAGCAUACAUUUCCAUGUUGACAUUAUUUCUUGUACGAUAUCAAUACGUUAUUUAUACUAGGUUGUAAUUUCUCAAAUGAUUGUGGCUGGAAUUGUGAAAACUCUUAGAAUGUGCAUUAUUACGAACAUUCGAACAUCUACUAACAGGUUAUUUCUGUGGGAUAACAAGACCCUAACAGAAUAAAUUAUGUGGCACGUGAACAUUUGCACAAGCAAGUUAGCGCGCCUCAAGAGUCUCAUGAUUGUUAAAAGACCUGUAGGCUCAAAUGUGCUAUAAUAAUUCGAGUAUCAUAAUCAACAGUGUGAUGAGUGCUAGUGGAUUCAGAGGAAGAGGCUUUGGACCACGGGGUACAUGUUCGAUCGGUCCAUCCAAUGGCUAUAAUGGACCUAGGUUUCCACAUCCAACCUUUAAUCGUUCACGGCUGCUACACAGAUUACCUGGAUCUGAGAAAUGGGUAGAAGGCCCAAAUUUUGCACCAUGGCAACAGAACAAAAAUUUUAUCCCACGCUCGCAGUACAGGGCUAAUUUACCAUUUCGGCCAAACGGUAGAGGUAGAGCGAUCAAUGGCCGUGGAAUAGUAAGGUUUUCAGGGCCUGGUAGACCACCGGUUCCCCUAUUUUGUAAGGGUUUCGCAAAAAAUCCAGCACCUAGAAUACUGCUGCCACAAGAAGAACAAGUAAUAGAAGAAGAAAAAUCUAUGUCGGUACCGCAGACUCCUUUACUUGGAUCCGAAGAAGAACGUCAACAAAAAAUUACAGAGACAGCUGACAAACUAAAACGAAAAUUAUCUUCCAUAACCGAGGAGGACCUUACCAAUUUUUGGGAAGACGAUUUGUCCUUUUUACCAAAUAGUAACUCUGAGAAAGGAGUUACUUUAAAGAAAGGUAUCCCCGAACUCAGACACGAACCACCCGAGCUUGAUUUAACUUUUACCGACUUUAGAGAUAUAGGGAGAGUGGACUGUAAUAAUACAAAGUUUGAUCAUGCCGAGGCCAGAGAUAACGAACACGAUAUUAUAAUUGCCUUUGAGAGCGAAGCUACGAAUAAAAUUAUUAGCGAAAACGACGACGUUACAAUUAUAAAUGAAAGCGAGGAUGAUCCCUCGAAUGUCUCAAAAUUGGGGCACAGUAACGAUAAUUUGAAUCAAUCUAGUACAUUGUUAGAAGGCGAUGGAUGCCAAGAUCGAAUGUUUCACGAGUUAUCGAAUUCUGAUUGCAAUUUGGAGAGUAUACAUUUGCAGUGUGACAAUGUUUCAGAAUAUUUACACUGUUCUAAUACAAGUACGGAUACAGAUUUUAAUUUAGAUGAAAAUAUAAGGAAUGUUUCAUCGAUACAACCUAUAAACGAUUUGAUAAAUGGAAAUUCUUUAGUAUUUAAUGAUUUAGAAACAAUUCCUCUGUCCGAAUCAAUUUUAAACGAUCGAGAUGCAUCGCAAGCAGCUUUUUUGGAGAAUCAGAGCGUGAUGCUAGAUACAGUUAACGAUAUAGUUACCGUGCAAGAAACAAUAGCGGAUACGAACGAAGAAGGUCGUUUAAAAAGUCAGACGCCGGCGAAUACAGCUGAUUCUACCGAAACUAAUUUAUCAACUUCUUCACCUUCUAACGAGGGAAUUCCUAUAAAUUCUAUCUGUGAUUCUAAAUCUUCGAUAAGUUCAUCCUACGACGAAGUACAUAAAUUAUGUAAUCCACCUGGUUUUCAGCCGAGAUUAUUCAACGUACCGCUCAGAUUUUCUCCAAGAAUUCCUCCUGGACCUAGGUGUAGGUGGACGUUUCAACAAAAUGGAAAGAACGUAUUUUUUAGGGGACCACAAAGGCUAUCGUUUCAUGGAAAUCGAAUGCCUCCACCGAGACACGUUGCACCGUAUAAGACAGCCGACAUGGGUCUGGUUACAUUUGGCUCGUGCGCACCACCGCCAUUUCCACACAGUGUACCUGUUUCAAGCCAUGACUCUCAGCACCAUAUAUUAGUGCCAUUUUCUUCGAGCGAUUUGCCUCCUGCAUUCGACCCCAGCGAACCUCCACCGAAUAUACGGUCGAUGUCGGUAACCGAAUCGUCUACUAGACAAGAAGUAACACAGUCUAGGUCUCCUUUAGACACGAGAAAUCAAGUAACAAGCGUUCCUCCGAAUAAUGUGGGUAUUAUGCAACCGCCCCCUUCUUUCGAUCCUAGAGGGCCACCUCCUAGGAUUACUCCGAUGAAAACCAACGAGAAGUUACCUGAAUUCAAUCCUCAACAGCCACCGCCGAAGAUUCACAAACGAGACGAGCUUUUGCAACCACCACCGAUCUUCGAUCCGCGGCUUUCUUCGCAAGAACGUUCCAAGCUAAUUGCACCGCUGAAUGCUUCAGGAUCUCGCAUGAUUGGUACGAAUUUAAUGGAAUCCCCACAAAUGUCAGACUUUAAUGUGAAUCCUGUUGCAGCCAAUUUUUCGCAACCACCGCCCUUCAUGCCCAAUUUAGCAGUAAACUAUCAAUCUGUUCUACCGCAAGCGAACAACGGGCAAGCGAUGGUGCAAGAUUUUGGAUUACCACCGCCAUCCAUGAAUAUCGCUGACGUCCCCCCACCUCCGCCGCAGGAAGUUCUGUUGGAGAAAGAUUCCAGUAAUCGGCAGGGCAUAAGUAUGGACGAUGGAUUAGAGGACAUGCAAGAAGCAAUGGAAUUUGCCAAACAAAUAAUGAACAUGUCUGAAGAAAUGAAGAGUAGUCGAGGUACAUCGUCGGUAUUAUCGGAAGCGCGAUGUACGCCAUCGGAAAUUCCUGUGCCAAAGGAGGAUGUAUUAUGCAUUUCGUCGACGAAUCAACAAUUUAUAAAUUGUGUCGGUGAAAAACAGAAGAAGAAGAAAAAGAAGAAGAAGAAGAAGAAGGAAAGUAAAAUAAAGAAAGGGAAACAGGCUACGAUUUCUGAGUCGGAACAUGUUCAAAAACCAGAGGAAAAUCAUGUAACCGACGAGGAACAGAACGUAGAAAAUGAAACUAUCGAGGAUGCACCGUUGACGACUGAUCAAAUAAGACCGAAAGUAAUAUUUAAUUUAAGUUCGAAGACAAAAGUACUGCAAAAACCGGAAGAGUGGCAUAGAGAGAUAUCACAACAAGCUACAACAGCUGUAAAUUCUCAGCGGGAAAGGAGAUCGACUAAAAAACAUCCAUCGGAGCAUAAGAGAAACAAUGAAACCAAGGUUCGCCAGAAAGAACACGGUUCGAAAAUAAAUUGGAUACAUUGCGCGGACAUUGCGAAGACUUCAACAUCUGAAAAAUUAAACGACACAUCGAACAACAAGGAUCGCUGCGAAGGUUUGGAAAAACCUGGUGCACCCUCCUUAACCGUGAUAAGACUGAACAAUAUUGGCACGCAGAAGGGUCAGAAUCCCAAGAAAGAGAACAGAAAAUCGGAAGCUCCUACUUCCGAAUCCUCAUGGAAAAACAGAGUGAUCAGCCGAUUUUUGAAGAUGAGCAAGAACGACAUAUGCAAUAUGGUUAAUAAUUCGAGUCUUCGCAAGUUCGAUAUCGCGAUGAAACAUUUGGUGAAGGAACGAAGAUCUUCGCUGUCCCUGAAAAUGCGAAACACCGAGGACGAGAAGAUGAAAGAGUACGACAGAGAAGAGUUCAUGAACCAAUUGAACGCAAUGUUGGACCCAGGUGCUGUGGUAGGUAUCACAGACUUGCCCACAGAGUUCAUCCAUCAUUUAAGCGAAGUUCUACAAUUAGACCCUAUGCCCCCGGAACUCGAGUUAAGCGAGAAACAGAAGACGAAUAUCGACGAAGUUCGAACCGUGAAUCAGGCUGAUAAUUCAAGGAUAUAUAACUCUGAAUAUUUCGACGAUAUAGACGUGCAACCGUUCGAUUACCAAGAACGCGGAGAUUCGUAUAUAGAGAAGGCAGAAGACAGAUCUUCGUACACGAAGGAGGAACCUUCGCGCUAUUCCUUGACCACGGAAUUGGCUGCGAAUCUCUCGCGAGAAGACACUAGCUCGUCAAGGAAAUCGCUUCCGAAUAAAUCCAACACCGAAGUGGAAAUUCUGUGCAAAAAGCAACAGCCGUUGUUCAACGAAGCUGACCUGGACGACAUCCUGUCUCAAGUAACCGAGAGAACGAGAAGCUUGCCCAACGUAGCUUCAAAGACGUACGCGGAGAUGCAGAAACUAUCGUUGCAGCCGGUGACAGAAGCUUUCGAGCGCAAUACGUUUGCACAGAUUUCGAACGCAACGGCGGCUGACCUCGACGACAUAUUUUCAGCAGGAAUUGCAAGAGCCAAGUCGCUCGGCAAAAACGUAGGAUCGGACACCUCGAGAGCGCGGAAAUCAAGCUCCGAGGAUCGAAACAGUUUUAGGGGCGAACGUUGCGAGAGAUGGGGCAGAAAGGAGCGAGACGAUCCUGAUUCGUUCAGGAAUUUGACCAAGGAAGAAUGGGAAGCCAAGUAUGGAACGAUAAACGCAUCCGCAUCGGCAUCGGCAUCGGCAUCGGCAUCGGCAUCGGCAUCGGCCGGCAUGUGGAAACACGCGUCGAACAGUGCCGAAAACUUGUCCGGGGUAGGCGGUAAGAGCUACCAGUCUCAACGGUAUUGCUCGUCCGAUUCGCCCAUGAGACAUUUGAGCCUGAGUCCCGUGACGCGCGAACAAUCGCCUCUGUACAAUCAGGAGAAGCACGUGGACCGUUGUAACGAGAUAGAGGAAUCGAGGACGAUAGAACGAUCGGAAAGCAGCAACGACCACAGCACGAGCAGUUCGAGCGAAACCGACGAGGAGACCGUUGCUUCCGAUGUGACGAAACUGCUGAAAGUAAUUAAAGAGAAGGAGAAGAUCGCGAAGAAAAGGUCGCUCAAUGAAACUAUCAGAGACGAAGUGACUGCCGAGAUCGAGAAACAAUGGAAAGAGAAGAGUAAAUGUAAAGAACGCAAGUCGCGGAAACGCGAGAGACGGAAAAGGGACAGAAAGGAGAAGCGGAAAAGAGAGAAGAAGAGGAGGAGGAAAAGGAAUUCUCAUUCUAACACGUCGAGGUCUAGCGAAUACUCCGAAGAGUUCCGACUGUUAACGGAGGAUGAGAUUAAAAAAGAGGCGACGAUUAAGGAGGAGCCGUUGAGCACGUUCGAAGACAGCGUCUCUCAAGGAUUCGAUAACGAGUUUAGCAACAGUCGCGUUGAUCCGACUGCCAUCGAUACGACGGUAGAGACAGAUUCGUGGGUGGGAUCGCAGAGUUCGCCGUCAAGGAAACAACAAGCUCCUACGAUUACCAGCGACAAGGAGGUAUCGUCGUUGCAGCCUAAGAAGAAGCCAACGAUCGUAUCGAUGGCCCUGCAACCAAAGACUAAGGCACAACUGAAGCAAAUGCCAGACUCGAAUGAACCUGAACAAAACCAAAUUGUAGAGAAAUCAAAUGAAACGGACGGCAGAGUUGGUGCUGGUAGCGUAACGAUCACCGAUACCAGGAAAGCGGACGAGAGCGUGGAAGAACCUAUGGCUUGCGAAGUAACUGAAAUUAACGAAGAAUCCGUAGACACUGCUCUAUGUGCAAACGAUACGCUGUUACAGGCUGUAGGAGAAUCGCGUGCCGAUGUUAUUAGUUACGUUAACGUAGAUAACAACACGUCCUCCGGUAGCUGUACGCAUUCGAUGAUCGAGGCGCGUAUAGCCGAUCGGUCCACCGUAACGGGUGGUACCGUAUCGUCCGAAAGUAGAAGCGGCUACAAGAAGAUCGACAUAAAGGCGUACAAAGAACGCGCGCUGCAAAGACGUUUGCGAGAGGAAGCCGAGCUAAAAGAUAAAUGUGCAAGUCCUCGGUCUUUGUCGAUGAAUAAAGUCGAUAGUGAAAUUGGAGUAGAUGUUGGAAACAAUGUUACUCUAAAGGAUCCACGGCUAGCCAAAACGAAGUCGAGUCAAUCGGUAAGUCUUUCUUGCACACCUCCCCAUGAAAAGGUAAAGGAGAAAACUAAUUUCGAGGAAGAACAUCAUCGAUGCAACAAAGAACUUUGUAUUUCUGCCCAGUGGAAGAUUGCCAGUGAAUCGUCGGAAACCAGAAUUAAAAUGAAUCUUCUCGAAGAUCAUCCUGUCCGGCCAAAGAACCACGAUAAGAACGAUGAUCCUGCAUCGUUGCAUAUUGGAACUAAUGGAGAAGCGGACGAGAAAAAGUUUAAAAAACUGUCCGUGGCCGAACAUAAUAAAUUUAAAAAUAUUCGAUCGGAAGGUAGUAAAGAGCUGAAGCUGAAAAAGGAGAAGAAAUCGGCAGAGAGGAAGACGGCAAAAUCAAAGUUUUCGACGAGGGAGAAGGACUCGAAGCAUCCACCGAAAACCGAAGAGAUAGACAAAUCUGCGACGACUGUAACUGCGGGUAACAUCGUUCGGGUCGAACCAAAGAAGAGAAAUAAUAGCGACACCUCCGAAUCGUUGCAAACUAGAGAACCGGCAAUGUCUAUCGAAAAUUUGACGAUAGAGAGCAGCAACGCGUUAGAGAUUAAUAAAGGACACGUUGCUACCGAUUCUGCGAUGGAAGAAUAUAACCGAUUUAAAGACGACGACGCUACUAAUAAAGAAGCGGUGGAUAUAGAUAAUCGACGAACUGGAAAUUCGGUAAACGAAACAAUUGUACGGGCGCAGCAAGUGGAUCGAGAAGGAGAGGGAGCAGAAAAUGGGCAAAGGUUAUUAUUAAUCGCGAACAUCGAAGAAAAUAAUGGCAAUGGUUCUGAAAUGAAUUCGAUAGAAUGUGAAUUUAACAUAGAAUCAGAUGGGAACGAAGCAGUUGAGGAACAAGCAACGGUGUUAACAAAUUUAACGUCGCUUUUAUACGAUCAUGAUCCAGAUAUAUAUCCUUCGGAGAAAAUUAAUUGCUCGAAUAAUGGUAGCUAUUUAAAAAGCGAUAUCGUCGAGAACGAUUCAACCUUACGAGAAAAUAAAUAUAACGAUAACUCGGAAGCUGACUCUUCGAAUGGCGAUCAUUUGGAAACCGAAAUAGAGGGCGGUGAUCGGGAUAACGGCGAAUCGGCGGUUGUUCGGACAGUCGAAAAUAGGCGAACAUCGAGGACCGAUAGAGUCGAAGCGAGUGAAAUACGAUCUCCCGAUAGUUCUGGUAGCCCGUUCAAAGGAUUUUUCGUGGAAUCCGUCGAAGAUGAUAUUUCUCAAGUAUCUGCAUUAUGUAAAGUACAAACGAAGACUGGAGACGAAGAGGAACGUGUAACGAAAGACUUUAAACAGUGGUUGGAAGCGAAUAGUAGAAGUACCAAAGAUCGACCGAAUGUAAAAGAAGACGAGAAAAAUAACCAUGAUGACCAUCUUGAAGAAACAGAGGAUUCUGAUAGAGCGACGUUAACUCGACGAUCGUCGAUAGAAGAGCAGCCAGAUACCACAAAAGCCGAUAGAAAACGAUCGAAGCCGGAGAACGUGGACACAUCGAAGGAACCUGAAACCGAUGUUACAGACUUGCAGCAGACGCGCUUCUCGCCUAUUCAUGAUUCGGUUAGCCGCAACGCGUUCGACCAAGACAGGGAACCGUUUAUCGUGUUGGACGAGUACAUAGAUGAUACGGAAGGAAGAUCCCUCGAGAAACUGAAUCGUUUUCAUCUAGAUCUGGAGGAGUGUAUCGCCAGGGAUACGGAUACAUUUGUUAGCGCGUCCAAGCAGGACGACAAAUAUACCACGGAGAACUUCGAGUUGGCAAUCUCCGACUCGAUGGACUUCGAAGAACUAUCGGAUUUCGAUAAAAGCAACGGGACGUCUGCCAGAACACGGAACGAGAUGAAAACGAAUUUAAAUACAAUUUCAUCCGAGAGCCUUGACAAAGAGAUUUCGAUGGUUGCGGAUGUCUCUUCCGCUUCGGAUAAGACCGGUAACGUUCAACUAAAUAUAGAGUCAUCGAAAAGAUCCGAAUCAGAAAUUCCAAUAGAUAUGGAAGAUCUUCUAACGAGUUCGCGAAGAGACGCGCCUGUUGCCGAAGAUAUUCCUCGGCAAUCUUCGCCGCAUGAAAUAUCGUAUCCAGCGAGAACUGUCUCGGUAGCAGCAUCCGAAGGAAAUAUUAAAUCGUCGGAGUCGAUAGAAGAACCCGACGACAGUUGCGACAGAAAUAACGAGAAGAAACGGAACAAAGUUCAGAUAAUUUCAAUUUCUUCCGAUGCUACAGAGCUGUCCGUUAUUCGGGAUGUUUCGUUUAAGAUCGCGCUGGAACGUGAGAAACUGCAGAAGGUACGUGACACGAUUCGAACGACGGAUACAAGUAGAACGAACCGGAAAGAAGAAAACGAGGCGUUGCGCAAACUGAAAGACAAGCCCAAAAUGAAGUGCAAGCAACGCAAGAAACGCGAUCUCUCCAAAAAUCAUAUAAAAGAAGCAGUGGCGGCUGAUACGGUGAAUCCUAUGUAUCCGACUGCCAAGGAGGCGAUUAUGAAUCGAAUGAUAGAGAUCGACGUUGAAAUUCACAAACUGAUGACCGAGAAAAUGACUUUGUAUCGAAUGCUUACAAGCGACGCAUUACCAAUGGCCAACGAUUCGGAACGGUACGAUACAAUGAACGAAGACGAAGAAACUGAGAAAACUUUGGUCAGACCUCGGACUCCGUCCGCAUUAAUGUCACAGUUGAUUCAAAACAUAGAAACUAAACCUGUAACCGAUCAAUGCGCCGAUACGACUGCGGAGAACGUACCGUUCAAAGAUAGUACAGCGAAUCCUGUUCGGAUCAACAAGUCGAGAACAUACAGAUACGAAGAACAUUUUGAAAACAGAACCAACGAUACUAGUACCUGUAGUUCUGAGAACGAGGAGGCUGUACAACAACAUCGUAUCAGCUUUCCCCCUAAAUCUCCACCUUCUAAAAGAAAAAAGGAACGCAAAGGACUUGAGAGAGCAGUGAAAUGGGACAACAAGCCCGAGUCUGUCAGAGAUAGGUUGCACGACGACGCAGAAGAUAAACGAGCAGCCAACGAUGCGAUAAAACCAAUAUUAAAGAAGGUUGGUUCAAGACGCGAAUCGACCGAAGAGGAUACCGGUCUUGUUCCAACGAGCGAAGUUAAGCCUCGAGAAAGUUGCGACAAUAGGUCGACCGUAAUUCAUUCGAGAACUCCUUCGCGCAACGAUCAGUUCUGUACAUUCGAUAGAGAAGAAACUGACGAUGUCGUCGAGCGAACAGAGUUUCGGAAUUUCUUGGAUGAAUUUGAUAAGACGGAAGCGUUGGAGCAGAGCGAGAACAGGAUCUUGGGAAACGAUGCAAACACCGUAAGUCCCGUGAAGGAAAAAACGCGAGGAAAUAGAACACCGGAGAGAUCGUCCAUAUACUCGGACGAUAGUACCUGGGAUUCGCUCGUCCAGGUAGCGAGCGACGAUCAAAGAAAACCUAGUACCGGUCUCGCGCUUCUGGAAGAAACAUAUCGGAAGGAAAUGGCGAGAACACGGAGGAUAAAAGCUGAAACGCGAAAGAAGAAAAAUCAGAAAGAAACUCGAGGCCUGUCGCAGCCUGCUGUCCCUCUGACCCCCGAAGAAGAAGAGCUCCCGCUAUCCGCGUUGUACGCGAAGAAGUUGCACGCGAACAAGAAAGAGAACGCGGUGGUUGAUCAGCGACAAGAAAGGGGGAACAACGAUCAACGAGUUUGGAAGAAUGUCGUCGAAGUGAUAAAUGCUGUAGCAGAAAAUAGAUUAGAAGAUCUUCGUAUGGAAAAUUCGGAUAGUCGAACGAACGUAUCCGAUGGAAACGACGCGUCGAUGAUCGAAGAACAGGCUAGCGGUCCAAAGUCGUGCACAGAGCCGAAAUUGUCGAUAGAGGAGGCGCAAGAAAUAGUGGUGUCUGUCCCUUUAACGAGCAUAGAAGAAAAUCGUACUCAACAUUCGAAGAUUCGUUCGGCAUCUUCCGACGAGCAAAUCGAUGCGUGUAACUAUGCACGGUUAACACCUUCGCUAAAUAAGAUUCUGGUUCGAGCAAAUAGCGAGGAACAGCUUGAAACAAGCUCGAUGGACACGGAAAUAGAAAAUCGAGGAACGUUGCUCGCGACACCGACGAACACGGAAAACGAUACACCGGGGUCUGCACCGCGAUCUACGGAAAAUAGAAAUUUAGCGAUCGGCCAGGUCGCAUCGAGUUCGACCGCGUGUUCGAUGGAAACAGGUGCCAAUGAUGUAGUGCACGGUGAUCAACGUAUUUUAAAUACUUCGAGAGUUGGGAACGUAGAUACCGAUAAAACGAAAGAAAUAUGCACGGCCGAUAAGAAUAGAGAGUUCAUCUUGAAAGUGGAAGUGUUUGGUAUUCAUAAGAUAAGAUCUAUAAAUCCAGAAGAAACGAUAACAUUGUCCGACGCGUUUCAUAGAAACGAUGAUAACGUUACGGAAACCGACGAUGACAUUUUGACAAUAGAUAAAAGCUCCAACUGCGAACCGGAACAAGCGAACAAGGAAUCGUUCGGAGACACCUCUCCGAAUCGAGAUGUAGGUCGCGACAAGGAGGGCGUAGUCGAUGAUCCGGAACAUUUCGUAAGCUCGAAGGAUCAUGAAAUGCCGAAGAAAAGAAGAGAAUCCGAACGAUCGAACAAAUCGUCCGGCGAAGAAAACAAUAACCGCGGUAGAACGCCUGUUCCCAUUUUUAUGGACGCUGCCGAAUUAUCGCGAAACGACGAAGCGUCCGGUAGGAAGCUGAUGAAGCGCAACAGGGGAAGCAGCAGGACUCCCCUUAGGAGAAGUUCGCGGUACACGGAAGAGGUGACGAAACGGAUAAAGCUUGAAAUCGACGCAUCCGUGCAAGAAGCCACGGAACAGGAAUCUCUCGAGAGGAACGUUCAAACUCCGUUUCCUAGUAUUUCGCCCGCGUCGUUGUCAUCGUACGACGAGGACACCGAAAGCGUAUCUUCGAACGGCAAGAAAAGUCGUAAUUAUAAAACGACCGUGAACAGAAAACGCAACGCGCAGUCGGAAAUCGAAAUUUUAUCGAGUUCUUCGUCUUUGGGCGAGGAUCGCAAAGAUCUGAAACGAUGCAAACAACGGCACACGAUGCCGGAGAUGAUGAAUUGCAAAGUGAGAUUGGUAGACAGUAAGCACACGAUUCUGAAGCCGAACGUGGAUCCCGAUGUACUGCGAAAAUAUGGGAUCUCGGCGAUCAAUUUGUUCGUACAAUCUGUUCCCAACGAUCGCGCGACGGGCCAUUCCUGCUUAAUGAUGGAAUCGAUGUCCAAAGAUUUGAAACGCGUUACUUCGACUUUAACCACCGAAUUGUCUCACUGUCAUAUGUCGAAGUUGUUAAAAAAGACGGACGAUGUAACCAGAUCUAUGGACCACUUGGUUAACUUUAACAAAGCCAGAAGAGGACCAAAGUCUAUGAGAAUGAGUUUCCUCGCGAACCACGAAGAAGCGACGAACUUGGGGGACGAUCUUGGCGUCGAGGUCGCGCAGAUUCCGACGAAGGAACAGCUUGUUGUAGACAUAUCUCAGGACCGUGAUAAACCGGACGUCGAAAUUGUAGAGGAGAAGACGAUAGUUACCAAGAAUCAGCAUCAAAACGAUUCCGGAUCGAUAUUGACUGUGAUAGAGACGAAAGAUGACAAGGAGAUACCGAGGACGCAAUACACGGUCCACAAAGGUCCUAUUUUAGAUAUUAAGGUAUACGAGAAUUCGUUUCUAGCUGCGAGCGAAGACGGCCGAAUAUAUAGAUACAGCCAAGCUUCGAAUGGAAUAUUAAAUAUCUAUAAAGGCCAUAAAGCAGCUGUAACUUGUUUAUACGUGUAUAAUCCGAACAGCACGGACGUUAACAAAGAUUGGAUGUUUUCCGGUUCGUUGGAUGGAUCUUUAAGAUGUUACAAUAUAACGACCGGAGUUCAAUUGAGAGAUACUGCGGAUAUAGGUAGUCCGAUACAAUGUAUGGACGAAGCGUGGGGGAUCAUUUUCAUAGGUACAAAGUCGGGUCACGUGUCUCGUUAUCAUAUAAAGUCAGGCGUUAUUAAAGGGAAUAGCAUACAAUUCUCGGAUAAAUCUGUAUUAGCUUUAAAAGCAACCAACGAGGGUCCACGAAGAGUUCUCAUCGUAGCAUCUCGUAGUCAACCGAUAACGAUACGUGAUGCGCAAAACGGCCUAUUUCUUCGCACUAUUUCUGGUGAAAAAAGUCAUACGGUGUACAGUUUGAUGCGCGAUCAUAAUCUAAUUUAUUGUGGCACAAGUACCACGUCCAUCCUUGUCUUUGAUUUCACGAACGGCGAACAGAUUACACAGCACGAUGCUGGUGUAGGAAUCGUAUGUAUGCGGCUGUACAAACAAUUGUUAUUUGCCGGAUGUUACGACGGAAAUAUUUAUAUAUUUGACACAAAGGAUGAUCGACUUGUAUGCAGCAUACCUGGACCUGGAAAUAUGCUUUUAAGUAUGGAAGUCAUAGACAAUAAGAUUAUAGCUGGAAGUAAAGAUAAACGUUUGCAAUCAUGGCAAAUGACACGUCAAGUACGAGCUUUACUCUAAACAUUGAGGGAUCAGGCUUGAACUGAUGUAUCCUAUAUAUAGUCUCUAGUCGUGCUCUUAAGAAAGAUUACUGUUUACCUUUGGAGCACAUUCUGCAUUGAACGACUGUAUAGAUUCGAAGGAUAUAAUUAUUUAUAUAUAUAUACAUGGAUCUUAUUUACAAAAAAAUGCACAUAUACAGUAUAAAUACAUUUGUACAGAGAAGUAGGUAAAUUAAAUUAUUGGUAUUGCGAAAAGAUUAUAAUAUUUACAGUACACCGAAGAACCGUACUAGCGUCUUGUCUGUAAAAAAGUGGUAGAGAAGUCUUUAUUCCAUUUUAUCGACUCGCGCUACCGAGGGCAAACCUCCUGUGCCUUGUGCGCGUUGAACAAUAUUUUUCCGUUGAAACUGUUUAAAAUAAAAAGAGUAAGAAAAUACACGAACAACGUAUAAGUGCAAUAUCAAAAAAUGCAUUUAACGUCGCAAGAAAAAGGAAGAAAGAGACUCUUGAACCUUUGCACUUAUUCUUGCCUCUGUAUUUGCAUAUACCUUGGCCGGUGACUCGAGAUGUUCUUUUAAUAUUAUAUUCUAUGUAUAGUGAACAGUGAUUUCAUAACAAAUUCGUAGGUGGCACAAUUCUCAUGGUUUACUUCGAUGAGUGCAAAGGAUUGAGAAUGAUCGAUUGCCAACUAAUAUAGUACGAUUGUUUUGAUUACGCGAAUAAGAAUAAUGUGUUCUUGACUUCUUGAAGAAAAUUUUUAUUUUUCCAUUUCAGAUAUUCGCCUUUCGAAAUAGCGAUUGUAGCAAGUUCAUAAAUUUCGUGACUUCUUCAUAUUUUCUUAUUACAAGCGAUUCAUUUCUUCUUUGUUGAUCGUUCUCUCAUUUAUAUCGUAUGCAUAUAUUAAAUUUAUAUUUGUUUCAAGAAAUAUUUGAAUAAAUUAUAUCUAUUUUCUUUGCGAUUCUGCAGAGUUAAAAAUUAAGCAAUAUUUAAGUGGUAGGUACUCUCCGAUUGUUAAUACUCUUUUUUUCAAUUUGUUAGUUUAAAGAAAAAGAAAAUGCGUUUUUACCAAUGUUGUAAGUGGAAAACCUUAACCGCUUUGCACCCAUGGACGCGUUAUGUCGCAACCCCGAUACUGUACGUAUAAGGUCACAGCAGACGAGAUAUCUCGCGACGCGAUGCCACUUAUGCUAUGCCACGGACGUGUUAUCCCUCAUCGUUCGUAUGGUGCCGCAAACAAGUAAACACGCGCUUCGGUUUUUGCUUCGUCUGUGGCCACUCGGCUUCCUUUUAUGUUGUAUCAAUGGAACCAAAAUUUUUCGAAUUAAAGCAUGUUUACUCGUCUAUAGCACCUCAUGAACGAUAUUACGUUGCGGGAUAACGCAUCCGUUAUCGCUCACGGCAUCGCUCGAAUUAUGUCGCGAAAUAUCUCGUUUUUAAUCUUAUACAAACAAUAUCGGUGUCGCGACAUGACACCGGAGAAAGAGAGAGAGAGAGAGAGAGAGAGAGAGAGAGAGAGAGAGAGAGAGAGGGAGAGAGAGAGAGCGAGCGAGAAAGAAAGCGCGCGAAGCGGUUAAUAUGUGAUUGCGAUGAAAGGCAAAUGUUUAGACAAUUAGUCUACGUCCUAAGUUGCGAGAAAUGCGAAAUUUUUAAAGAAAAUAUCAGAUGCAAAGGAAUUGUGUACAAUGAUUUGGUAUUUUCCUAGAUCAUUUACUUUUAACAUAUACUAUUGCAUCCAAUACACAUUGUACUUAUAAAAGUUUACAAUCAUUUACAUGCAAAUCAAUGACCACACUACGUUGUAGUUUGUAUAAGUUCAUUGUGUAUCUAGUAUUUGUUACGUGUAACAAUAAAACAUUGUUCCCACAUCUGUGACAAAGUUUAAAGCAUUUAUUCUUGGACACGUAUUUUCAAUGUAAACUAGAAAUAGCAAUGUACAUGAUUUUUCAAUUUUGUAUAUUAAAUUGUACGAAAGUGUUA